CGAUGUGUUGUUACUAUAUAGUCACUUCCGCUAUCGUAUAGGGCUCUACAGGUUCGAUAGUCAUUCGUUUUGAUUUCAUUUUGGUAUGCAGCAACAACUGGUGAUGCAAGUCGCCUUGAUCGGGUCUCUCCUAAAUAUGGUUCGACCAAACUCUGCAUAGAACCGGCCUCCUCCCCCCCCCCCCUUUUUUUCAAAAUGUGAUUUUGUCUUCCUUCUUUUGUUUGGUUGGUUGUUGUGGAACAAUUCGAAGGCGAUAGAUUUUUGGAUAAUAUCACAAGAAUCUCAAUAACGAUGUGGGCCAGCCGGUAAGAGACUCGACCUGAAUCUUUUUUUCCAGUUAUCUCUCUCUCUACGCUGUGGGUGUGUGGAUGUUUAUGACGUCCUAUAGGAUUAGAAGACAACAACAUUAAGGGCUCUAAUGUUUUGUUGACUGACUCGUUCCAAACUGAUUCCAGUGGGAAAACAAUUUCGAAAGUGUUUUUCGCACCCACGACCUUUUCUCUUCAGACGGAAAUUUUUGAACAGACACUCACGGGAGAAGAGGAGGAGGGGGUGCUAUCAGGUGGGCGGUGACUAUUCUUGGCCGGCCUCGAAACCAAAAAAAUCGCGCAUCAUCUCUCUUGAGAGAGAGAGAGAGAGAGCCAAGUGGCUGUGUUUUGCCCGUUUGGCUUUGCUGGAAAACGGAACUAGCGGAAAAAGAAAAAGUCUGUCUGACGAAAUUGUCUUCAUGUUUCCUUGGCAUGAUCUCCACCGUUGGACUCGUGUGUGUGUGGGUCCGCUGGCUGCCCAGCAAGUUGAUAGUUGGAAACUGGAGGCCAUUCGAGGCUGGUCGUUUGAUUGCGGUGGGCUGUAUGUUUGCUGUGCGUGUUUUUUCUCUCCUUGUUUGUUUGUAUUUCUUCGUUGGCCGGCAGCAGCUGCUGGUGUCUGCCGAAUUUGUGAACGCUGUUUCUUCAAUCUUCUGAUUUUUUCGCGUGUGUCUGCGAGAAAUUUCGGUUUCUUCGUCGGCACCUUUUUUUUUUAUUGUCGGUGCCGAGUGCCGACCCGAGAGAACUGGACAUAAAUAACAUCAAAGAGUUGAGCUGUUUUGGCCCAGCGCACUCGAUUUGCAUUUUCCCUCUUUCUCUCUCGUCUCUUGUGUGUUGUGUGUUUGUCGUUCAACUGGCUGGCCCGCAUGGAUUUGUUGAUCCUGUGUUUAAUAGCCGUCGCCAUCAUGUCCAUCUUGUUGUUCGCAUUCGGGUCCUGGAAAUCGCUCAGGCCCAGGACCAUCGCCCCAGCGGAUCAAGCCGUCAUCGUCGAGUUGCGCAAUCAGAUCCACUUGCUGAAGAACCAACAUCACGACCAACUGGAACAGCUCAACCGUGAACUUUCGACAGUCAGCGACAAGUUGCAGAAAGAAAUGACGAUCGCUCUUGCCGAAAAGGAAAACCAAUUCCAGCAACAGUUGGAGGCCAAAGAAGCGGCCUGGCGAGCCGAGUGGACGGCCAGGAUGGUGGAGGAGCGGGCCGAGCUGGAGCGCCAACUAUGCGAAGAGCGGGCGGCUCGGGCCGAGGCGGCCGAAGCGGCCGUGGCCGUCGUGUCCGAGGAGCGGAGAAUUUGGCAGCAGAAAAUCGACGUCCUUUUAGAGAAGAAGCGCAACCUGCUGGCCGAAAAGGAGAGGCUCGAUAAGAACAUCCGACAGGAAGUCGACAACCAAGUCCAGGCGACCGUGUACGAGUACAAGAAACUACAAAAGGAGACGACGUCGCUGCAGGCCGUCUGCGAUCUUCGGGGUGAAGAAGUGCGGACGUUACGCAACGACCUCGCCAAGGUGACCAGCGCAGCCAAUGAAGUGCCUCAUCUGCGGGAGCGGAUUAACACACUGGGCAACACGGUGGAAGAUCUCAAAGCCCAGCUGGAACAGAAAAUCAGCGAAGAAAGGCGGUUGCAAUCGGAAGUCAAGAGGUUGGAGUCGAGUCACAAGGAGGAGUCACUGACGGUCCAGCGGCUCUCCAUGCAGAACGAGCAGCUCUGGUACAAACUCCAAUCGUUGCAGAGGCGCCCGUCGCCCACCCACACACAGAACGACUGCGAUCGAACGAGUCCAACUAAAGGCCACCACGCUCAGUCGUCGCCGUUCAAUUCGACGCCGUCGGAAACGCCCAAGCCCAACCGGAGGGGCUUGCCCUCGCCCAAUUUAAGCCCGAUUAUAUCGGAGAGCGGGACGGGAGAGAACAACAACAACAGCAUCACCAGUUUGACGCCGGACGGCACCGGUGGGCAGGUGAAGAGGCGUCGCGACGCCGUGGUCAGCAACGGCAGCGGAAAAGGUCGAGCGGCGUCGGUAUUGAGCGACGUCGACGACGUCUUCAGUCCCAACACGACGGCGGCGACGACGACGACGGAUGCGACGAUGGGCGACUCGACGCCGCCGGAAUUGGCGUCGUCAGGAGAUGACGACGCCGAGUCGCCGACGGUCCGCGAUUUCACCAAGAAAAACGACUCGGUUUCCUACGUCCUGGAACUGGGCGGCGAACAUUCGCCGUCGUCCAUCUGCGGCGGCAUCUCGCCGCUGAGCGCCCCCUACGCCCUCCUGACGCCCGGCUCGCCCUGGACGUCGCGACGGAGUAGCGGACUGGUCCGCUCGGCCAGUCUCCGCUACCCGCACCGUCCCUACAACGCCCACCACUGAAACGAAACCAACAGCAGAGCUUGAUUGUUAUCUGAAAGAGAAUUCAACUAAUUCAAAUGAGGAGAAAGCACUCGAAACGCCUAUUCGAAUCAACCGGGAAAACUAAAAAAAUUUAAAAAAACCGAUGGAUUGCGGACGAGUAUUAAUUUAGGAAUUAAAUUUUUCUUCUUUUUUUUAACGGUUCGGAUGGUUCCGGUUGCGUUUGUGCGAGAGAGAAAGAGACGAUUAAAAACUUUUUGUUUUAAAUGCUGAAAAACAUUCCGUGAAAAAUACCAAAACGAUUUCAAUCAGGAAGGUGCCAAAAAAGUACGUUCAAAACGAUCCAUCACUUUUGGGAUUUAAUAUGCAAAUUUUAGCGGGUUAUACAAAACAACCACAACCAAAAUCGUGAGGAUACUAAAAGACAGAAGAAGAAGAAAAAAAAACAAAUUGAAAACCAGCUGAUUUCGCGAUCGCGCCUACGUCAUCCUUAUUUUUCUGUUUUUUUUUUUCGUAACACACACAUUGAUCAAUGAUCCGAUCACUGGACUUUUAUUUUUAAACCACGCAAUAAUGAAUAAUCGAUCGACAUUUUUUUUUUUUUUACUAUAAUCACAUAGCGAAGUAAACACACACACACCUAUUAUAAAUACUAUAUACAGAUAUGCAUUUACCAUUUUUGAUUUUGUUUUUUGUUUGAGGACUGCGAGCGAGAUGAAUUGAGCGAGUGCCAUUAUUUUUUUUUUUGAAAGGAAUGUUCAUGUUAUACCACAAACAUUGAUGACGUCAUCUUUUUCUUUUUUUUUUCACGAAACACACACACACAAAAAAACAUUUGUAGUCCGUCCAUUUUUUUUUCGAACGUUGUGUUGUUCUCUUGUUUGUCUCCCUCCCCCCUACACAUUUCUGUUAUAUUCAAAUUUCACAUAAAACACAAAUCCCGGUGACAUAUUUUUUUUUUUUUUUAAUCUUCUGGUUUGGUUUUAUUAUAUACAUGAAAAUAUGUUUGUCUCGUCAUUUUUUUUUAUUUUGUUGUGCGGUUGAAAAGAAAAAAUGAAAACAAAACAAAUCUGGGUGGGAUAAAAUGGAAAAAAAAAAUCGCCUGAAACAUUUUUAGUCUGUCACUGUCCA